AUGGCCGACACAAACGGCAGCGCCCCCGCCGCAGCAGCAGACGCGGCAGACUCGCAGCAACCCUCCUCCUCCACCGCCGCCGCCACGACCGCUACUGCCGCUGCAGACGACCCCACAAAACAAGCGGGGACGGACGCUCCGCCGGCGGGGACAAGGAAGCCCCGCGAUGCGCGCAUCAUACACCUCAUCCUGGCGUCCAUGGGCGUGUCGUCGUACCAGGAGCGCGUGCCGCUCAUGUUGAUGGAUUUUGCUUACCGCUACACCUCCUCGGUACUCCAAGACGCGCUCCUCUUCUCGGACGCAAUCCACAGCACCAGCAACACGGGCGGGCCGAACCCGCCGUCGUCGGUGACGCUGUCGGACCUACGCAUGUCCGUUGCGUCGCGCAUCAACCACCAGUUCAACACGGCGCUGCCGAAGGAGUUCUUACUCGACAUUGCGCAGGAGCGGAAUCGGGUUGGGCUGCCGACCGUGGGGAAGGAGUUUGGGGUGCGGCUGCCGCCGGAGAAGUAUUCGCUGACGGGGAUCAGUUGGGAGCUGGCGGAGACGAGGGAGGAUUGGAUGGCGGAGAGUAGUGGGGAGGAGGAGGAUGAGGGGAUGGGCGGGUUGGGGGUGGGGGUGGGGUUGGGGGGUUGGGGAGGGGGUGGGAGGGGGUGGUGGCGGGGGCGGUGGCGGGGGGGGGAGUGGGGGGGAGAUGGAGUUGGAUGA